UGAAACACUUCCACCGUUAGCUUGUAGUCCAGUCCCUCGUAAGGCUGAGUUAGCAGGCUAACUGGCUUCUACAGCAGCAGCAGCAGCAGUAGCAGCUGGAUAAAAACCACCGCCCUCACACCCGCUAGUCCUACUAUCACCCGAGAGAAGUCCCAUCAUCUGGCGAGAUCAUGGCAGACUUCUCGCUGUCAGAUGCUUUGGGAGACGACACCCCACGCAAGGCAGAAAAAACAGGCAACACCAAUCCAACUGCUCCUGCCGGUAACCCUCAACUUCCUGCAAACCCAGGAUGGCCAGGUUCAGCCCCCGGAGCUCCCACCCAGCCUUCAGCCCCAGGUGGCUUCGCUGGGGGAUCAUCAGGCCCUGGAGCACCAGGCCAGUUCCCGUUCCCCUCUGGUCCUGGAGCACCAGGGCAAUACCCUGGACCUCCUUCAGCACCUGGUGGGUUUCCCCCUGGUCAUGGAGUACCUGGACAAUUUCCACCUGCACCAGGAGCUCCAGGGCAGUUCCCCUCUGGCCCAGGUGCUCCCGGGCAGUUCCCCGGGCAGUUUCCGGGGCACUACCCACCUGAAGGAGCUCCAGGACAGCUACCUGGAGGCCCUGUACCAUACCCAACUGGACCGUUUGCCUCUGGUCCCGGAGCUCCCCCUGGGCCUUAUCCUAAUGUGCCUUAUCCAGGUGGCCAGCCAGGACACCCAGGAGGCAAUGGCAUGUAUGGACCAGGAGGUCCUGGUGGAUUCCCCCCUCCAGCUGGCCCUGGCUCUUUCCCUGCCUUUCCUACUGGAGGCUUCCCCCCAAUACCCACUGGGUCAUGGGGACCAUCUGCAGGUGGUGGCUUCCCUCCUGCCCCUGGUCCCUUUGGUCCUGGGCCCAUGGGUCCAUAUGGUGGGCCUGCUGCACCAGGAGGCAUGCUGAUGGUGCCGUAUGAUCUUCCCCUUCAUGCUGGAAUUUUGCCACGACUUGUGAUCACAAUAGUUGGAGAGCCCUUACCUGGUGCAGACAGGUUUCAAGUUGACUUCAUCAGAGGUCCGGACGUCGUCUUUCAUUUCAAUCCUCGAUUCCCUGAGCAGACGAUUGUUAGAAAUUCCAACCUGGGUGGAUGUUGGGGACCCGAGGAGCGGGAGGGAGGCUUCCCGUUUGUUCACGGGCGUCGCUUUGAGCUGAAGAUCCUGGUGGAAGACGACAUGUUCAAAGUGGCGGUGGACGGCACUCACCUGCUGGAGUACGAGCAUAGAUCCGGCGGACUGGAGGAAGUGACGCUGCUGCGCGUCAUGGGAGACGUCGCCCUCUACAGCGCGUCCCCGAGCAUGAUCUGAGCCUCGGAUCGAGUCAUCCACUCGCUGUGCAGGAGAAAUGCAUCCAACUUUACCACUGUAUCUCUGUUACUAUAAAUACAUUCAAGUGCUCUGGUGCAUUUGACGGAAUCUGCGAGGCACAAUAGUCGAAGUGCAAAUAUUUUGCCUUCCCUGCACUUCAUCAUUUAUUACAAACCAGAUGGCGGAUGAACCCAGGUCUGCUCACCGUUAUCCUUCUCUUUUUUUACUGGAUGAUGUCGCACUCUAUAUCCACUCACAGUUCAAUAUAUUUUAUAGCAACAGCAUUUAAAUCAUGAAUGAGAUGAAGUGCAUUUAAAAUAUAGAUAUUUUAAGGAAAUACUAAUUUAUUCAUAAUGGAGGGAAAAGAAUGUAGGUCCCAAACAUUUCAUAUAUUUCCCAGCAGUAUGUCGUUUACAGUAAGUGUAUGCUUAUUAUGCUGUCCUUUAUAUCAAAAUCUUGAUAUGCCUUAGUAAUGCAUGAGAGUGUGAUGCUGAAAAUCAGCUUGGUCUUUUUUUUCGUGGUCUUAUUUCAGUGCUGGCCAACACGCAGCAAGCUGACGAUGAAGUUUAGUAAAAACGAAUUUCAAUACAAACUUUGAUUCCCUCCUUUGUUCAGUGUUAAUCCUCCCGAGCUCUCCGACCAGUGGGACAAACAAUUUCUUUCUUUCCAAGUUAUUUUAUGUUGAACUUGAAUCAAAUUCUCAAAAAGUGAGGCUCGAAUUUACUCAUUAAUUAAUGGUUUCUGAUUUGUCGCCAAAGAUAACAGUGGUACAGUAUUAACUUAUUGUUUGUUAAACAAAUACUGACUGAUAUUGCUGUUUUGUUCAGAAUAUUGUACAGUUUCCACAGGUUAUGUGCACAUGUAAUAAAUAUCAGUUUCCCUGCCCAAA